AAUACGACUACCGUUGCAGACGUCACCAGCGUCGUCGGGUCUGGGAGCUAAUUUUCGCGUCGGACAAUCCACCGCCUGGGUUUGCUUAGUUCAUCAAAUCAUCGGCUUUCCCACCAUACCAUAUCACUCUCUUCUCGUGUUUCUUCCCAUGCCCAUUUUCCCUUUCUUAUGCUUCUUUGAGUUCAGAGAAUUUCACUGGCAAAUCUGUUUUCCCCCUCCAUUUUGUUUAUGUUACAUUUUUAAAACGAAACUCGUUAACACAACUAUGAGCUCAAUCUGUUGAAACAAUGAUUUGAUUGCCGGAUCCAAGGACGUCGCUUGAUCACGGGCCCCCAAGAUGGCGUGGUUUAGUGGAACAAAUUCAUGGGGCAACUUCCCUGAUUUGGCGGGAGCAGUGAAUAAGCUUCAGGAGAGUGUGAAGAAUAUUGAGAAAAAUUUUGACUCCGCUCUUGGGUUUGAAGAGAAGUCUGAAUCCAGCAGUGAAGGUGCAGGAUCAUGGCCUGUUGCUACAGAAAAGAAAAGCUUAUUCAAUCCUGUUAUGACCUUAAUGGGGAAUAACAGUGAGGAAAGUACUGAGAAAACAUCUGGACAGUCUGAACCGUCUAAACAAAAACCUGUAUCUGAGGACGUGAUGGAAAAAAAUGAGCCUUUAGAUCAUCCAACAAUAACCGAGGGAAAAGAAAUGGUUGGACCUGAUAAUGCAGCCCAUACUGAAGCUGAAGAAAUUGCUUCUGGAGAAGAAAAGAAAGUGAUCACAGUACAGGAGGGUGAUGAGCAUAUAGAGUCAGCUAAUGGAACCAUAAUGCAGAAGUCAGACCAUGAAAAGGCAGAAAACCAGUUACCAGCAAUGUCAGCUGAUUUGUCUGAACCAGCCAUUCAGAAUGUUGAACGUUCUGUGUCUAUUGACAGCCCUCAAGAAAAUGAAAUUGGUGAAGUUGAGACUACUGCAAGCCUAGUGUCAGUGCAACCCAAGCCUGUUAAUCUUGGGCAGGAUCAAGUUGAGAGUAGUUUGAGUGAGCAAAGUGAGUCACAUGGUGUUGCUGAUGUGCAAGACAAGACAGAAGAUGAGAGUAAAGAAGAGAGGGUGCAAGAAAAAGCAAGUAUGGAGCAAGUUUCUCCUGUCCAACGUGAGGAAUCAGGUCACGGUGAGGAUGGAGAUGAGACAAAGCCUCCUGUUUUGCAUUAUGUGGCUACUGAGGAAACUGAUAGCAUUGAUCAGUCAUAUAAUGAACACUUAACCAAUGCUAUUCCUAACGAGUCUUCUAUUGUGCUACCCAAUUUGGGUUUGCAUGAAAAUGAAGAAAUUCUUAGGGCAAUUGAGGGGGAUCAUUUGGUCAGUGAUGUUGAAACUGACAAGAAAGAGCGGCAGUUAAGUUCUGUAACAGGUAAGUCUGACUCAGAUUCUUUGCUUGAACUGGGGGUGAAGAGUGAGAUGAAAAUGAUGGAAACUGCACUUCAAGGUGCUGCAAGACAAGCUCAGGCUAAAGCUGAUGAGAUUGCCAGAUUAAUGAGUGAAAAUGAACACAUGAAAGCUAUGAUUGAGGAUUUAAAGAGAAAAUCCAAUGAGGCAGAAGUUGAGUCUUUGCGUGAGGAAUAUCAUCAGAAGAUUGCAACUCUUGAGCGAAAGUUGUAUGCUCUCACUAAGGAAAGGGAUACGCUUCGACGAGAGCAGAGUAAAAGAAGUGAUGCAGCUGCUUUAUUGAAGGAAAAGGAUGAAAUAAUUACUCAAGUUAUGGUUGAAGGUGAAGAGCUUUCAAAAAAGCAGGCUGCUCAGGAAGCUACAAUGAGGAAAUUAAGGGCUCAGAUUAGAGAGCUUGAGGAGGAGAAGAAAGGUUUGACUACUAAACUUCAGGUGGAGGAGAAUAAGGUAGAAAGUAUCAAGAGGGACAAGUUGGCUACAGAGAAGUUAUUGCAGGAAACAAUACAGAAGCAUCAAACAGAAUUUGCAGCACAGAAAGAAUAUUAUUCUAAUGCUUUAGCAGCUGCUAAGGAGGCUGAAGCAUUAGCAGAGGCACGUGCUAACACUGAAGCUAGAACUGAACUAGAGAGUCGUCAAAGAGAGUCUGAGGAACGUGAAUCCAUGCUGGUCCAGGCACUUGAAGAAUUGAGGCAAACUUUAAGUAGACAGGAGCAACAGGCAGUCUUCAAAGAAGAUAUGCUUCGAAGGGACAUUGAGGAUCUUCAAAACCGAUAUCAGGCAAGUGAAAGACGUUGUGAGGAACUGAUUACACAAGUUCCAGAAUCUACAAGACCACUUUUAAGGCAAAUUGAAGCCAUGCAGGAAACAAAUGCCAGAAGGGCAGAAGCUUGGGCUGCUGUUGAGAGAACCCUCAAUUCUCGACUACAGGAAGCAGAGGCUAAAGCUGCAGCUGCCGAAGAAAGAGAGCGGUCCAUAAAUGAACGCUUAUCUCAAACCUUGUCUCGAAUUAAUGUCCUUGAGGCUCAGAUUUCAUGCCUCAGAGCUGAACAGAACCAGUUAAGUAGGUCCCUUGAGAAGGAGAGACAAAGGGCAGCUGAAAAUAGGCAGGAAUACCUCGCAGCCAAGGAGGAAGCUGACACUCAAGAAGGUCGUGUGAGACAGCUUGAAGACGAGAUUAGGGAACUGAGGCAGAAACACAAACAUGACUUACAGGAGGCAUUAAUUCAGAGGGAACAUCUACAGCAGGAGAUCGAAAAGGAAAAGGCAGCACGGGUAGAUUUGGAGAGGACUGCUCAUGAUCACUCUCCCACAACCAAGAAAAUUUCUGCUUUUGAGAAUGGCAACCUAUCUCGGAAAGUCUCUAGUGCGAGCUCCUUGGGAAGCAUGGAAGAAAGCUACUUUCUGCAGGCAUCACUGGACUCAUCUGGCAGUUUCUCGGAGAGAAGAAACCCUGGAGAGCCAAGCAUGAGUCCUUACUAUAUGAAGAGCAUGACACCUAAUGCUUUUGCAGCUGCCCUUCGUCAAAAGGAGGGUGAACUUGCUUCAUAUAUGUCACGUUUGGCAUCAAUGGAAUCUAUUCGUGAUUCUCUUGCUGAGGAGUUGGUCAAAAUGACAGGACAGUGUGAGAAGUUGCGUGGGGAGGCUACCAUGUUGCCAGGCUUACGAGCAGAGUUAGAAGCACUAAGGAAGAGGCACUCUGCUGCUUUGGAGUUAAUGGGAGAACGUGAUGAAGAGCUGGAGGAACUUCGUGCGGAUAUUGUGGACUUGAAGGAAAUGUACAGAGAACAAGUCAAUUUACUUGUGAAUAAGAUCCAGAGAAUGAGUUCAUGAACGGCUAGCGCCUAAUUUCGUGGAGAGAAAAGAGGAAAAGGGUAAUGUGUAGUAAUUGUUUGAGAUUAUUAUGCCUUCCAGCUUGCUGUGAUACCAACCGUACAGUAGUAGUUUCUUGAGAUUUAAUGCCUCUCUGGAUAUAUGUUUUGUUUAUCUUGGCAUCAGAUUCUUGAAGUUACCUUGUUAAAUGUAGUCUGUACAAUGACUAAAAGGUUGUAUAGUCAAUUUUCUCAAGCUGACCUCAGUGGAACUUCCAAAGAAUUUUGAAAUUUCUGAUUGAGAUAAAGUACUAAUAAAUUUUCUUUUUCAGCAUGU